CCCAGAUUGGCACAACUGCACAAGAAUUAGCCAGUUGACUUCAACAUUGGACUGCUGAACUAAAUUUGUUUGUUUCCUUUUGAGGAUAUGAGGUUUGACCUUUCAUAUAUUUUAAUCUUGCUAAGCAUUUGAUCAAUAUUCAUAUAUUUCUAGUCCCUUUUUUAGAUCAAUAGCAUGUUGAGUAUUUUUAUGAACUAUUCUUGACUGACAUUUUUGUUCAACAAGAAAUAGGAAGGAAGAAUGAAGUCAUUCAUAAUAGUCCAUGUGUUAUCUUUGCUAAGUUGUGGCAUAACUUUGAGUCUGGCGAUACUCUGUCGAUGCCUAAUUGUCAAGAAAAGUGUGGAAAUGUCACCAUUCCCUUUCCAUUUGGGAUUGGUUCCAACUGUAGUGCAAAUUCAUUAUUCGUUGUUAUUUGUCAGAAUUCCACAACACCAUUGUUGAGCAGCAUCAACAUGGAACUACUUAAUAUCUCUAUCAGAGGUACAGUAGUAGUAAAGCAGCCGGUGUCGCCGCCUAUGAAUUGCUCUACUGAUCUGAGUCCCGGUCAUCUCCUCGUAUCCCUCAAAGCAAGUCCUUUUACUAUCUCAGCAAGCUACAACACGUUGGCGGUGUCAGGCUGCAAUAAUUCAAUCUUGUUGCAAGUUAAUGGGACGACUAUUAGAGGAGGGUGUACAUCCUUGUGUGCUGCCAAUUCCGAAGAAACUAGCUGUGAUGGCAUCAACUGCUGCCAAACAACACUCCCACCGCGACUCAAGGAGCUCGAGUACAAGUACAGUACAGGUCAAUCUAUAUGUCCAGCCAGUUGAGAAGACAUGGUUAACAAAUGAUUACGAAAGGUUCAAAGCGUUGGAACGAGGAUCGGGAUUUACUCCUUUGGUACUUGAGUGGGAAUUUGGUGAACUGAAAGGCUAUACUAACAGAAUUUGCACAUAUUCUGAUGAUUAUUGCCUCACAGUUCCUGAUGAUGUUGGCCGUAGGUACGCGGAAUCAGGUGCUCACGCUUGUUGGCGCAGACAUCUUGAUGAUGAAUGCCGCGUGUAUCCUUCUCGUUCAUACUGCAAAUCGUCGUCUGAUAGUUAUCUGUUUUCAUACUACUACGAGGAACUGCAUUCGGUUUAUUAUGACGGAUAUUUUAAUGGAUAUGAUUAUGCAUCGUCGACCAAAUACUGCUCCUGCCCUCGCGGGUAUGAAGGUAACCCGUAUCUACCAGAGCAAUGCAAUGAUAUAAACGAAUGCGAUAAUGCAACACACAAUCCCUGUGCAACAUUAUCUUGCAACAAUGUAAGAGGGUAUUUUGAAUGUAUUGAUGAAAAGGCAAUAUAUAACGCUCGUCUGAGAACAACGUUCAUCAUCAUUGGCAGUAGUCUCGGCGCUCUGAUUCUACUCCUCGUAGCCUGGUGGUCGACAAAGGCCAUCAGGAAAAGAAUCAAGGCCAACCGGAGACACAAGUUUUUCAAGCGAAAUGGGGGGCUUCUGCUGGAACAACAGCUUUCUGCCACUGAUAACGGCCUUAACAACGUUAGGCUGUAUAGCUCCAAAGAGUUGACAUUGGCUACUGAUCACUUUAACGAGGACCGCAUACUUGGCCGUGGCGGACAAGGCACGGUCUUCAAAGGAAUGCUGAAGGAUGGUAAUAUUGUUGCAGUCAAGAAAUCACAGAAGGUGGAGGAAGGAGACCUUCAAGUCUUCAUUAAUGAAAUGGUUAUACUGCCGCAAGUGAACCACAGGAAUGUAGUUAAGCUACUAGGAUGUUGUCUGGAGACUGAAGUUCCUCUUCUCGUCUACAAGUUCAUCCCAAAUGGGACCCUUUUCCAACACAUUCAUGAGCCGAGUGAGGAAUUCCCGUUGACAUGGGAAAUGAGAAUGACAAUCGCAAGAGAAGUAGCGGGUGCACUUGCUUACUUGCACUCUUCAGCAUAUUCGCCUAUCUAUCACCGUGAUAUCAAGUCAACAAACAUACUAUUGGAUGACAAAUACCGCGCUAAGGUGUCGGAUUUUGGGACAUCAAGGUCAAUAGCACGUGAUCAGACUCACUUCACCACCCGCGUUGUAGGCACCUUCGGCUACUUGGAUCCAGAGUAUUUACAGACACAUCAAUUCACGGAUAAGAGCGAUGUCUACAGUUUUGGUGUGGUUAUGGUUGAGCUUUUGACCGGUGAGAAAGCAAUAUCAUCCAUCAGAGCUGAAGCAGGAAGGAGCUUAGCCACACAUUUCUUGCUUUCAAUGGAGGGAAACACGUUGUUCGAAAUUCUUGACGCAAGGGUCCUCAGAGAAGGCAAGAGGGAUGAAAUCAUGGUUGUAGCUCAACUUGCUAGAAGAUGUCUGCAUUUGAAUGGGAAGAGAAGGCCAACAAUGAAGGAAGUUUCAAUGGAAUUGGAAGGAUUAAAAAAGGUGGUAGAAUGCUCACAUGUUAAAGAUAGAGAUGGUGGCAGCAGAGAGCUUCAUUCUCUUUCUCUAGAGGUUGCUGAGUCUAUCAGCUUCUCUUCCAUCACCCCGUUUUCGCCCAAGUAUCCAUUGCUUGGUGAGUGAACAAUAUGCAAAACUAUAGUUGAAGGACUCUUUAUUCAACAGCUUUGCUUUGAAUAAGUUUUCAUAACAUCACUUUCUGUUUUAACAUUUAAAGAGUGUGUAGUUAUGUUUUGUAAUCAGUAUGUAUUUGCCAAAUGCUUUAAUUGUUUGUUUCUGA